CUCUCCCUGAGGAGACUGACACACCCACCCUCCGGUAAAAAAUGGCCCCUCCGCCUGCGGUGCCUUACGGGCCGCCCCCGGACCGUAGCCCCGCCGCCCUCCCCGCACCGGUGACGGAAGUAGGAGAGGGGCGGCCCGGACCGGGGCGGCGCGGCUCCGCCCGGAAGCGCGCCGCCUCGUGAUUGCGCAGCCAGCGCCGCGCCGUGCCGAGCCCCGCCGAGCCGCCACCGGCCCGGCCCCGGCGGAGGGACGCCCCGGCCCCGGCAGGCAGCCGCCGCGGCAGGGCGGGCGCCCCGCGAUGAAGCGAGCCGGGACGCUGCGGCAGGUCGCCGACUUCAGUGACUUCAGCCGAGGCCGCUGGCUGCAGGAGCUGCUGUGCCAGGGAGAAGAGCCCAGGUAUGUCCAGUCCAGCCCCGACGGGCAGCACCUUUUGGUCCUGCAGAAGAGCCGGCCGCCCCCCCUGCCCCGGGUGGUGGCCUUCCAGCUCCACAGCAUCGGUGGAGCCGACCUGGAGAGGAACUGGCAGCCGCCCCAGCCAGCCCUUGUGGGACUGCUCUUCCUGCAGAGCCCUGCGACGCUGGGCUCUUGGGUACUGGCCAUCGUGUGGGAACACGGCCGGACCGAGGUCUGGCACUUUGUGGUGGCCGUGGGCUGGCAGCUGCUGCAGACGCUGGAGCUCUGCCAGGGUGCCCGGGCCCGAAUCGUCUCCGUGUGCAGCCAGGAAGCCAGCCUGGUGUGGUGUGAGGAGAGGCCUCCCCUGGAUGCCCACUCGGACGCGAGCAAGUGUGCCUUCAGGUUCUGUGUCUGCACCCGAGCUGUGGAGGUAGGGGAGCAAGGCGUGCGGCUGGGCACCGUAAGGAUAGUCUUGCACAACAGCCCUGAGUACCAGGUCCUGGCCUCCCCGCAGCACAUCUUCCUGGUGCCCACCGCUGCCAGCUUUGCCUCCACUUCCAAAUUCCUCCUCAUCUGUCAUCCCGAGAAGGCAAAGCUCACCAUCACAGCCCCCUCUGCAGGCUUCGUCCACAGCAAGGUGCUGCGCUCCAGCAGCGAGUCAGACUUCAGGAAGCUCCUGCUUGGUUCUGUGGGUCUUCUCGCAGGUUUGGCACCUCUGGACAUUCACACCUCCGCCGUGUCCAACAGUGGGGGUCUGCUGCUGGUGAGCACGAAGGGUGCCGUGAACAUGGUGGAGCCAGAUGGGACACAGAGGCAUAUCUUUGACCUGGAGGGAGGCCCCCUGGCCCAAGAAAGUCCUGUCCAGCUGAAGACCUUUGGCAGCAUCCUGGCCUGUGUGCUGGCUGGGGUCCUGUACCUUGUCGACCAGAACAGUGGCAGGCUCGUAGAAAAGAAAACCCUGAGCAUGAAAGAGGUGCAUUUCCUGGAGUCCCCGGGAGAGGAGGACAGCAUUCAGCUCCUCACUCAAACUGGCAUCUAUAGCUUUAGCUUCUCCAAACUUGAGGACAGCAGCAGACCUGAGCCGUGCCUGGUGGAGAUGGUGUUCGAGGAGGCCUGCAGAUACUACCAGAGGAGGAGCCUCAGCAGCUCCAAGCUGACAGUGGAGAAGUUGAAGAAAGGUGGUGUGUUCCAGGCUCCUGUGGCCCUUGCUGCCAUCCUGCAGCAUAGCCUCCGCCAGAAGCAGAAGGCAGCCCGAGGCCUCCAAGACACUUACGCCAAGCUGUUGAGCACAAUGAGCCUGGAGCUGCAGAGCUACAUGAGCCUGGAGCUCCUCAAGACCUGCGUGGUGUGUGCCCCAGAGAGUGAGGUGGAAAGCUACUGCGAGGAACUGGUGGAGCAGGAGGUCAGCCGCGUUCUGCACUCUGACAUGGACAAGGACAACUUGGCCUACCUGAACUCCAUCUUCGCCUCCUUCCCCAAGGCUGCCUGGAAGGCCAUGAGGAGCUGCCUGCAGCUGCAGCAGAACGGGGACGGCCUCUUGGUAGCCAGGGCCACCCCAGAGGUGUGGAAGAAGGUCCUAGGAGGGCCGCAUCAGGAGGAGAUGGGUCAGAAUGGGGUGGUCCCCCUCUUUGAGCUCAUCUGCACCUCCUUCCUGAGGUUCAAACCCAAGUGGCUGCCCAGUUUUGUGGAGCUGACCCAGCAGUAUGUUAGUAUCUCUUGGACAUACGGCAGCAAGGAGGGCCCAGAGGGCCGGGUGCCGCUGUACAAGAGAGCGCUGGGAGUACUGGCCAGGAAGAACAAGCGCAGCGAGGCAGAUGAUGAGAUGGAGCUUGAAUUGCUGCUCUGCAGCAAGAGGCCUAAGGCCGUGCUGCAAGCUCUGCACCUUCUCAUCCGCCUGAAGCGGUGGCAGCGGGUGGUAGAGGUGGCAGAGAAGUUCUCUAAGCUCAGCCCAUUGCUUAACAAGGAGAUAUUCACAACGCUGCUGGCAGAGUUUGCCCAGCACCGGGAGCUGGACCCUUAUCUGGACACACUGUGGCCACUGUGCCCCGUUGAGCUCACCACCUCGGACAUCCUCACCGUGGUCCUGCAGCACCUCCCUCGCUCCCAGGAGGACCCAGUGCCCUUCUCCAGCGAGGGGAACCAGCUGACUGUAGGCUUGCUCAAGCCGCUGCUGCAAAGGAUUGUGCAGCGUCCCUGCAUCCAGGAUGAGAUGUACUCGGAUGCCUUGCAGAGUCCCACCUUCCCCCCUCCUACCCCACCCCGAGAGCACAAGAACCCUUCAAAAGCAGCGACCGAUGAUCCCCCUCAGCCACCCAUAGCAAGGACUUCCUCCCCCUCGGCACUGGUACAGGGUGACACUGCAUGAGGGGGGGAAGCACAAUGGGAUCCCAAGCCUUGGGUGCACAAGGAGGGGAAAGCCACAUCCAUCCCAGGAAAUCCUGCCCUGCCUGGCAGUACAGAAGCCUGCUCCUUUCUGAAGCUUCCCUGUGCUGGCAUCUCAAAGAGUCUGUUGGGUGGCUGGGGUUGGGGGAUCUCAUCUGAAGCCGGGGCAAGCUUUCUGACUAUUUCUAGCAAGUGCAAUUGCGCGUGCCCCAGUGGAGGAGCAAAUGCCAGGUGCAUUUGCAGAUGAAAGCACUGGCUGCACUACAGGACAACAGAACUGCUCCCUGCCCAAAGCA